CGUUGCGGCGCGCGCGCGCCCGCUCCCCUCGGCUUUCCCCAGCGCUUCUCGCGAGACCCGGCGGCAGGGCGAGGCGGAAAUCCCGCCUUAAAGCCCCGGCGGGAGGCCCUGAGUGCGCCUGCGCGGGGCGCCACAGGCCCGGCCCCGGCUUCCGGGCAGCACAGCACACUGAUCAGAUCGCACAGCUUGCAGCUCUGCCCUGCCAUCGGAGUUUGUCAGCUGUCCUUGCCCUGGUUGCUGCAAGAUGCCAGCAGCCCCUGCAGAGAACAGCCAGGUUAUCUGCGAAGUAUGGGCAAACAACCUGGAAGAGGAGAUGAGGAAGAUUCGGGAGAUCGUGCUAAGUUACAGCUACAUCGCGAUGGACACGGAGUUUCCAGGGGUUGUUGUAAGGCCGAUUGGUGAAUUCCGCAGCUCCAUCGAUUAUCAGUAUCAGCUCCUUCGGUGCAAUGUUGACCUUCUGAAAAUUAUCCAGCUGGGCCUCACUUUCACAAAUGAGAAAGGAGAAUAUCCUUCUGGGAUCAACACCUGGCAGUUUAACUUCAAAUUCAACCUCACGGAAGAUAUGUACUCUCAGGAUUCCAUAGACCUCCUUGCAAGCUCUGGGCUGCAGUUCCAGAAGCACGAAGAAGAAGGGAUCGAUACCCUGCAUUUUGCUGAGUUGCUCAUGACUUCAGGGGUCGUCCUUAGUGACAGUGUGAAAUGGCUGUCGUUUCACAGUGGUUAUGACUUUGGCUACAUGGUGAAGUUGUUGACAGAUUCCAGGUUGCCAGAAGAGGAACACGAGUUUUUCCAUAUCUUGAACCUUUUCUUUCCAUCUAUCUACGAUGUGAAGUACUUAAUGAAGAGCUGCAAAAACCUCAAGGGCGGCCUUCAAGAGGUGGCAGAUCAGCUGGAUUUGCAGCGAAUUGGACGACAGCACCAGGCAGGAUCAGAUUCUCUUCUCACAGGAAUGGCAUUCUUCAGAAUGAAGGAGUUGUUUUUUGAGGAUACAAUCGAUGAUGCAAAGUAUUGUGGGCGGUUGUAUGGCCUUGGCACAGGAGUGGCUCAGAAACAAAAUGAAGAUGUGGACUCAGCCCAAGAAAAAAUGAGUAUUUUGGCUAUUAUCAACAACAUGCAGCCAUGACAAGUGGGUACACCUCAGCAGGACAUGGUUACUGUAUUGGCAGCUGCUGUCCUCAACUAUUUUCCCUAAGCGUGUUUCAAAGGGCAUCUAAAGUAUACAGUCUGCAGAAGGCCUUCAGUUUUGCUGAAUGAAGAGCUGCAUCUUCAUUUGAAAACCAGAAGGAGAGAGUUGACUGAAUUCCUAAUGCCAGCAUUUGUGAUUUGCCAUCUUUUUAAUGCGAAGGGCAAAAGACACCAACUACUGUGUAUACCUCUUUUUUUCCCUCUUUAUACUGUACAGAAUCUGCAAGGAAGACUUCAGAGUAGAAUAUCCAGUAAAGCUAAGGGUCUGGAAAUCCAAUGAAAUCGGACAUAGACAUGCACAUGAAUUUGCAAAUUGUGCUUUAGAAAGCUUAUUUUAAAACUUCUGCAUGUUGUGAGGGUCACAGCUUCACCUCAUGGUUCGCUUCUUUUAUCUUUGUAUAGCCUGUGGAAACUGUUCCCUUUGAUCACUGUGGAGGUUUCGGAAAGGAUAACAUUAAAAAUGAUCCUUGCAGCUAAAACUAUUCAGAGAUUUGCUUUAACAACACUGGGGAUGGAUAUUACUGGAAUUGAUUUGAUCCGCUCCAUAGUUUCUAAUUCUGUGUGGUACAGGUUUGACUCAUGCUGAGCUUUGGCUUAGUUCUUACAGGCAUUAAUAAACUGUUCUGGAAGUAGAUUAAGUUAACCUUUGCUCGAGGACCUCUUGACAGGACCAAUAUUCUGACUUCAGUCUCCUUCAGCUAGACCUACAAAUUUUAUUCUUCUUGUUCUACCACAGCUAGUUCAGCAGAUGGGUAAACGCUUGUCCCUCUUCUCCCCUACUCCUCCAGUCCCCAGUUUUACUAUAUGCUUAACAAGUGACAAAGUAGCUUCCUUCCUUUUCAUUAUAAACAGCUGAAAAGCAGCUAGAGGAUGGAAGAAGAGUAUGGGAUUCUGACUUUUAAAAUGCAAGCCAGUCUAUAAUAGUUUUUUCUUCCCCAACAGCUCUGUAAUGGCAUUUCUUUUUUUAAAAAAAAUCUUAAACGUAAAAUGCAUUUUAAACAAGCUUAACUCUUACUUAGGAGUGACGGUUUAGAGCUGGUAUUUAAAAUGGUUGUAAAUAGUACUUGUUUUUAACUUUUGUAAAAUAAAUUUUUUU